GCCCAUCCAAAGGCCCAUUAACUAUUUCUUUUUUAACCAAACAUGUGAGCAAACUCUACUCUCGCUUUUCCAGUUGUAAACCAAAGUGCCAAACGACAGAGAAGGCGACGAUGAGUUCGAUGAAGCCAAGCAGGAGCGACGAGAUACCCGACCUGGAUCAACAGAUCAAGAACACCAACCAGAUCAGAGCUGGUUUUGACUCCUUGGCCCCUAAACGACCCACUAAACCCACCCGGAGCGAGCCAGGCCCUUUCGGAUGUUUCUCUACUCCCGACCCAACCACUGACCAUCCGGAGGCUGACAAGUUCCAAACUCUCCAGUCACAAACUCAUGGUAAUAUUCUGCAUGAAGGAGGUUCAGCUGCUGUUCAAGAUGAGUUCCUGGAGACAGAGUAUUACACGAAUCUCACCGCCAUUGAUAAGCAACAUCACACGACCGGAAGUGGGUUUAUAAAUGUGGGGAAGGAAGACGGCGGUGAAGAGACCGUUAUAGCCGCCGCUGCAAUGGGAGACGGAGGCGAAAAGGCUGUUUACAGAAGCAACCCGGCGACGAACGAGUGGAUUCCUGCGGUGGAGGAGGGCUUUGCUUCAGAAUCUUCGUCUAAACCGAAUCGGAGCGAGAGUUCUUGAAUGGGAUCUUUGGAUGUGUGUACUUUAUCUUCUUCCUGAUGUUAUGUUUCUUGGUAUUAUUAUCAUAAAAUAUUAAAAUAUAUAAACUAAUUAAAUAAGUUUCUGUCAUUAAUAUGAAAUAAUUAUUUAACA